UGCAAACUCAACCUCCAAAUUCCGUGUCUGUAAAAAAAUAGGAGCAUACAUAUAGAUAGAACGAGUGGUCUCGCUGUUGUUCUUCUGAUGUGUUCUGAAUCACAGGGAGCUUGGACGAACAACAUGGCUGCUCGACAAACGGCUCGAAUCACACGGGAGGUGCGCCCAUUGCUGUCCUUGGAUAAUCACGAAGCCCGCCUCCGCGUCUUGGGUCUCUAUCGGGCCUGGUUCCGUCAGAUUCCCUACAUGGUACGGCAGUACUCGCUCAUCGUGGAUGAGGACAUGGCCCGGGCCAAACUGAGGCAAAAGUUCAUGGAGCACGCCCACGUCCAGGACAUUCGCGUCAUUGACAUGCUCGUUGUCAAGGGUCAGCAAGAUCUUAAGGAGGUGGCCGAGAAUUGGGCCAUGCCUACGCACAUUAUCUCCAAGUUCUUCAAAGUGACAGUCGACGAUCGGCCCAAGGAUUUCAUGUCCAAGUUCUUGUCCGGCCAAGAUUAAGUCCCCCACAACGGCCACCAACCGUCACCAGAGUCUAUUAGUUCCGUUAAAUGUAUGCCAAUAAACUUGAGUUCAACACCAA